AUUUUGACUCGCAUCAAGAAAUGAAAUGGGAGAGAGUCAGUAACUUUUUGAGUAUUCCUGUAGCCAUUGAGAAAAUCAUCGGAUUUGGUAUCAUCCUAUGUUUUGACUCUUUCCUCUAUACGUUCACAAUACUACCAAUACGAGCUGUUUUGGCAGCCUAUCGUCUAUUUGUCAACUGGAUCACUCUGAAGUUCAAGGCCGAUAUCAUUCGAGCCUUACUCCUCAUUACAUCUCUGACGAUUCUCGCGCCAUUGACGGAUGCCAGUAAAAUAUACCACACAAUUCGCCUCCAGGAAACUGUCAAGCUCUAUGUCAUAUUCAAUGCAGUCGAGCCAGUUGCUACGGUUAUGCUGUCCGAGGUUGCCGUAGAUUGGCUUAAGCAUGCUUUUAUUACCAAAUUUAAUCAUAUUCGCCCUAGUGUCUAUGAACGAUAUACGGAUGUCCUUUGUCUGGACCUGGCUAGUGGGAGUGCCAUCGGUAGACAUGGUGCACGAAAACACACCUAUGUAGACCAAUCACCGCUUGUGGCCCGCCGUUUAGGAUUCGCUUCGUUACCUCUUGCCUGCAUGACAUUCAUCCUUGCUGCACAAGCUUUCAACGCCAGCAUCGCUUCAGAUUCAACUCAAUUGCGUUAUUAUGCUCAAAGAUACGUUAAAUAUGGCGUCUUGUUGACACUAGCCUGGGCAUGGUGA